AUGUCAGAUCCAAUCGAUCAAUCAACAACAACAACAACCACAACAACCAGUAGUACAGCAGCACCUACUGAUACAACAACCACAACAAAUGAUCUUACAAUGAAUGAUCUCGAAAGUAAUAAUGAUAAUGAUUCAAUCCCAUCAGCUUCCACUUUGUUUCCUGAUAUCGUUCCUACCACCACACGUCCAGACCCACUCCCGUCAGAUGUAUUCCAAGCAACCCUGAUCGCAUCCAAGAUUCCGAUCUCUUCCUCUAUCGUACCUGGUCAACCCGAGAACAAACAACAAUCCAAUAAAGACAAUAGUUGGAAUAGUACGACCGGUGAGAGUUCAAUAACAGAAUUAGUUCUAUUGCUCAACUAA